AUGAAAUCUUUGUCCUCCGACGAGAUGAACAAACUCACUUUGGCGAGACGGAUGUCCAAACCGCUGAUGGAGAGGCGCAGACGGGAGCGCAUCAACCACAGUUUGGAGACUUUGCGGCUUUUGAUGGUGAAACACACCCAGAAUGAGAAGCUUAAAAAUCCGAAGGUGGAGAAAGCAGAGAUUCUCGAGAGUGUGGUAGAAUUCCUGAGGGCGGACUUGGAGAAGGGAAAGCAGGCCGGCAGGACCCUGUCCGGAGAUCCGGAGCACCACUACCGUGAUGGAAUGAGGUCCUGCCUGCUGAAGGUCAGCCACUUCAUAUCCAGUAAGAGUCAGGAAUUGGGAGAGAGCGUGGCAGGUCCAGUCCAGGCUGGCUUUACGCGCCCGGAGCAGAAUCCUGCCACUUUUGGACGCAUCCACACAAGCGUGAUGCCCAUACUUCCUGGUGACACGGCCUCUGCAGCCCCCCAGCAGGAGCUGACGCAGGGCGCAGGACUCCCACGUGACACCGGGAAGCUUCUUUUCUCCGCUGAGGUUUCCGCACACAUAACGGAUCCGGUGUGGAGGCCUUGGCCGCAGUGA